ACGGCAAAAGAUCAUCUAGAUCUAGGAGCUGUCAACAUGCCGUUCCUCGUGUUGGACAUUCAGCUUGUUGUACAGGGAAUCCUGUACUUGGCAAGUUUUGUAAUUGGUUUUGCUGUGUCCAUACCACUCGGGGUUACCACGAUAAACUUUGGUGGGCAGUGCAUUCUCUAUGGAGACGUAAAGUGGCAAAAUGAAACCUUUUUUAGGUACACGCCAACAGACAUGCACAACUGCAACUUCGCGAUAUAUCUGAAUGUGUUUGGGUGUAUUUUCUACAGCCUUGGAAUGGUAAUAUACCAUGGCUAUGCAAUGACUAGGAAGGAUCCAAACAUCGGGUCCCAGAUGUGGGUGAUGCCCUUCAUACUUGUGAAUGCCCUGAUGACUGUCAUAAUAUUCAUAUCCUCUUGUAUGAUCAGUGUUGGCUUUAAGGUCUUCUGUGACGGCCUGCUCAGCGGCAACGAGAAGGGUGCUCGUGUCAAAAGCUGUGCAGAUGGACAGCAGUGGGACUGGAACAGAUAUGGCACUGACUACACGACGGACACCUAUUACACCUAUCUCGCAGUAACCCAGACCGCAACAUGGACAUCGUUUUUGGUGUGGUCAGUUCAGGUUAUCCUGGGAAUAUUUCGAUUUAUUCGGAACCGGCCCUUGAGAUCUAAGGACCAGUUCCACGACCCAGCACCCAGCGUAGACUCUCCAGGCAACUCCAAGACUCCAGCAGACUUGGAGAACUUUGCAUCAAUACAAUCUACAGCUUGAUGCUGAUUUGAAAUAAUUACAUCACAUGAUCUUGUGUCUAGUGGGAGGAUUACAAUUAGCCUGCCUCACGUAUCAACACUUAUUGUGGUACUAGAGUCAUGAUAUUACCGUACUUAAGUAGUGCUGUGUGAUGUUCACAUUCCAUGGUGCUGGUCUAACAAGUGGUUGUUGCUAUCAACCUGUACAUAUCUAACUAUUGCCAGACCAAUUUUAUUUCUUGUUUUACGGAUCCGCCUGUCAUAUUUUUUCAAGAAUAAGAAAAAAAAUAAAAACUGAUUUUCCCCGCUCAAAAAAUAAAAUCCUAAUGUUUUUUUAU